AUGGACUUGGCUCCUGCAUAUUUGGCGCCGCCUGUGGGCCUUCGUCGCAAAAUAGCCACAGAUGACGGCUUCUCCCGACGAGAUCCUCGGGAUGGGCCGUAUGGUGUGUUCAUCUCGCACGUCAGCGAGGGCGUCUACUUAGCCAUCGAUACUAGCGCUUACGCGCACCUAUGGAAUCAGGCGACCGUAUUUAUUAUGUCCCUUCUUUGGGCAUCCAACGAUCAGCGUGCAUGGGCAAAGGAGCAGUUGAUAUCAAUAAACAUCGCAAUCGACCGACAGAAUGAGACGAAGUUGAACCAGCCUCCUGGCACUGGCUGUAUUGAAGUACAUAACCUUCAUCGCGCGGGUAUCCAGUUGGACCUGGCGGUUAGAGAUGCCAAGUUCUAUCGCUCAACCGCGCGCUACGAGGAUGUACGUGACUUUGUUUGGGAGAGAAUCCAGAACAGAAACUAUCCGGAAAGCUGGGCUAUUACAAGACGCCAGUUUCAACGUCAUAUCGCUAAAUUUGAACGUAAACCCUCGGUGUCUAAUGAUUUCGAUACUGAAGAUGGUGCUUAUAAACAAUCCAAUGCACCAGCCAUAUUGAAAUCAACGGUCAAAGCAAAGCCGAACCCAAGGGUCUCAUUGGCCGAUGUUAUUCGCACACAUGCAAAGAUGGCUGCGUCGCAAACGCCCCGUCCUGCGCGGAACAAUAGGGAGCGCUCUCAAGAAAUUCCCCGGGUUCCUCUUUCGCGAAGCAUGCGGAGCUUGGAAUACCCCGAAUCAUCGACAAUGAAGAAUAGGAAUAUCAUUAGAUAA